AUGCCGUCGGCCGUAAAGGAUGUAGAGAUCGCCGAGGGCGUCGUCACACAUACGUACACGCUGCUCAAGAUGAUCAAGGUGAAGCAGACGCUCGACCCAGCGGCGACAGAGCCCGUUGAGGGCAGCGAGAAUGGAGACCGCGUACUUCUCCUGGCGCGGUGGGACGCCGACACCUGCUCUCUGGUGUUCCACAAGACCUUUCCCGACAGGCAGCUUGUUGAGACGAUGACAAACGCCGUCUCCGAAGACGGCGCGACCAUGACGGUAACACUCACCACCACGAGCAAGGGCGGCCAGAGUGUCACCACGGUCGACACCUUCUCGAGAGCCAGAGACUCGAAGCGGUGGAGCAGCGGCUGA